AUGGCCAUCCCCCCGACGUUUUCUUCUCCAUCCCCCUCCCCCUCCUUCUCGCAUGCCUCCUUCCCGUCCUUGGGCUCGGCCGCCAAGUCCGAGCAGGCAGUCCUCCCGAUGGGGAUCGAGUCGACGCACGACGAGCGGGCCUUCGCCACCGCCCAUGACGCCCCCGUGAAGCCCCCGACGCCCGCGCCGGUGCCGGCUGACGAGCCAGACCUGGCGUGGCCGAGGGCCCGGACCGUGAUGCAGGACGCUUUCUCCGAGUUCUUCGGCGUCUUCAUCAUGAUACUGUUUGGAGACGGGUCUGUCGCCCAGGUCACUCUAAGUGACAAGAAAAGUGGUGACUACCAGAGCAUUUCUUGGGGCUGGGGUCUCGGAGUCAUGCUCGGGUUCUACGUGGCCGGCAAGUCAGGCGGGCACCUGAACCCGGCCAUCACGCUGUCCAACUGCGUGUACCGCAAGUUCCCCUGGCGCAAGCUCCCCGUGUACGCGGCGGCGCAGGUGCUGGGCGCCAUGGCGGGCGCGGCGGUGGUGUACGGCAACUACCGGUCGGCGAUCGACAACUUCGAGGGCCACGGGGUGCGCACCGUGGGCGGCAACAUGUCGACGGCCGGCAUCUUCUGCACGUACCCGCAGCCCUUCAUGACGCGGACCGGCAUGUUCUUCUCCGAGUUCCUCGCCAGCGCCAUCCUGCAGUUCGUCAUCUACAGCCUUCUCGACAACGGCGCCGGGAAGCUGAUGCCGCUCUCCCUGUUCUUCCUCAUCUUCGGCCUCGGCGCCUGCUUCGGCUGGGAGACGGGUUACGCCAUCAACUUGGCCCGGGACUUUGGGCCACGCCUCGUCACGUACAUGAUCGGGUACGGCCCCGAGGUCUGGUCUGCGGGGGGGUAUUACUUCUGGAUCCCCAUGGUCGCCCCGUUCCUCGGAUGCUUGACUGGCGGCUUCCUCUACGACGUAUUCCUUUAUACUGGAGCCGAAACCCCGAUUAACACGCCUUAUAUGGGCUUCCCGAGGCUCCUUCAACCGAAACGCAGUGUUUGGUCCAACACAUACGUCAAAGACGAAGUGAGCAAGGCGUAA